CUGAUGUGGCAGUCCCUCUGCUGCAAUUAACCAAUCAGAUUACACUCCGUGAUCACAUGACGCUGUUCCUUGUUGCCUGGUUGCCAACAAAGACGUUAAAUAUCAAGAUAGCUAACCUCGGCCUACGAUAACCUCUGUUUGGCAGACCAAACAUAUAAAACAGUUUGACAUUUGGCCUGACGACCAACCGGAGAUAUAACUGUACACGUGUGAGACUCCAGUGUCUAACUGCUGUAUGCUCUUGCAAAAAUGGGCCACGGGGACGAGCUUGUUCUUGCUGAUGCAAAUUUUCCAGCUUCUUCCAUUUGUGCUUGUGGCCCAAAAGAGAUAAGAGCUGACGGCUUGGGAAUCCCACAGCUUCUGGAGGCCAUUUUGAAGCUGUUGCCCCUGGAUACCUAUGUCCCCUCUCCGGCCGCAGUCAUGGAUCUGGUGGACAGUGACAAACAGAGAUGUUUAGCUGUACCUGUGUGGGACACCUACACACACCUCCUGGGACAGGCUGGGCCUCAGACUCCUCUUGAGAAGGUGGAAAGGUUUGCUUUCUAUGAACGAGCCAAGAAAGCCUACGCUGUUGUGGCAACAGGGGAAACUGCUCUAUAUGGUAACCUGAUACUGAAGAAGGGGGUCAUUCCUGCCGAGCUGCUACAGUGAUACACACACACACACACAUUUAACGUAAUGAUAAUCUAAGAUAUGUGAGUAUUGGCUCAUUUUUUUCUUUUCGUUUAUGAGUUGUUGUUUUUUUUCUGUGAUUCCAGUUGCAAAUGUCAUUCCAAUUAAAUCAAGAGAAACUGCUCAUUUUUGCAUAAUUAUUUUCAAUCUUGUUCAGUCGGGCCUCUCCACUAAAAGCUGUGAAUACAUAAAAACAUGAUUUAUUCCUGUUAAUUUGUGAUUAAUACUGUAAAUAUUGUCUUGAGUAUGCGUGAGGUGGAAAUGAUUUUGUACCCCCUUCAAUAAAUAAAACACACAAAGUCUUU